CCUCCGCUCCACCUUUAAUUUUUUCACCAAUUGGAUUUGGAUCUGUCAAAAAUAUUGGCCUCUUUCUCUCUUUCUCUCUUGCUCUCUUUCUUUGUUGGGUUGAUCUCUUCUUCCAUGGCGAUCCCUACGGAGACACAACACCAGGAGAAGGAGGCUUCAGAUGCUUCUGCAGCAGCUGCACAAAAGAGAUGGACUUUAAGCGAUUUCGACAUCGGUAAGCCUCUUGGCAGAGGCAAAUUCGGUCACGUCUAUCUCGCCAGAGAAAAACGGAGCAAUCACGUUGUCGCUCUAAAGGUUCUUUUCAAGAGCCAGCUUCAACAAUCCCAAGUUGAACAUCAGCUCAGAAGAGAAGUUGAGAUUCAGUCUCAUCUUCGUCACCCCAACAUACUCCGGCUUUAUGGCUAUUUCUAUGAUCAAAAAAGAGUUUAUUUGAUACUUGAGUAUGCUGCUAGAGGCGAACUUUACAAGGAUCUUCAGAAAUGCAAAUACUUCAGCGAAAGACGAGCUGCUACUUAUGUUGCCUCAUUGGCGAGGGCUCUCAUCUAUUGCCAUGGCAAGCAUGUGAUACACAGAGAUAUUAAACCAGAGAAUCUGCUAAUUGGUGCUCAGGGUGAGCUCAAGAUUGCAGACUUUGGUUGGUCGGUACACACAUUUAACCGAAGAAGGACCAUGUGUGGCACACUAGAUUACCUUCCUCCUGAGAUGGUCGAAAGCGUAGAACAUGAUGCUAGUGUAGAUAUCUGGAGCCUUGGGAUUCUCUGUUACGAGUUUCUUUAUGGUGUACCUCCUUUUGAAGCCAUGGAGCACUCAGACACAUACAGAAGGAUUGUGCAAGUGGAUCUCAAGUUCCCUCCCAAACCAAUAAUCUCUGCAUCUGCAAAGGAUCUUAUUAGCCAGAUGCUUGUCAAGGAGUCUUCGCAACGUCUGCCAUUGCACAAGCUUCUGGAGCAUCCGUGGAUCGUGCAAAACGCUGAUCCUUCUGGAAUCUACAGAGUUUAAAAACAAAACGCUUACUGUUCUCGCCAAUCUCGACCAAAACUGUUAUCUAGAAACCCAAAACUGUAUUCUUUCUUACUAUUAUUUUUCGCUAAUUCAUGUUCCAAAUAAUGUGUAUUAUGUAGUAUGUACUAAUACUAUAUGGCAUUAACGGAAGAAGGAAACUCUAUAAAGAGUUGUUAGCUGAAAAAUGUUUCUAAUUUCACCUAUGACGAUGAGAACUUCUAGAAGUUUCUCCAUGCAGUUCCCUGCACAUUAGCCAAUUCAAGUUUCAAGAGGGAGGGAAGGAUAAAUGCAACAGUCCAUACCACAUAUGAGUAAUGUGAACCCAAAGACGGUGAGUUUGAUGAAAUGGUUUGCCUAUUUGAAGGGUUAUUUACAACCCGCGUGUUUAUCCGUUUCCAGAGGCAAGAUAAUGACGAUUUUUUACAAAACAAUGUCAAUGGCAUUACUCUGUAACUUUUUACAAAACAAUGUCAGAUUUUGUUAUAAACUUCUAAAUUAAUAGUAGGGA